GUCGCAUGCAGCCAUGGACAAUCCCCAGGCAGUGUCGUAUCUCGAGUCAUUGCUCAACAGGACAGUCCGAUUGCACACCUCGGACACACGCCUCUUUGUAGGCCUCUUCAAAUGCACCGACAAUGAUCGGAAUAUCAUUCUCUCAAACACCUAUGAAUAUCGCUUCCCAACUCCCGUUGCUUUGAAUGAAGCGAUUGCCCAGCAGGGUUCCGAGAAUCAGGAAGUGGUCAAGGCAAACAUGACAAGCCGCUUUAUUGGUCUGGUUGUGGUGCCUGGGCAGCACAUCACGAAAAUCGAAGUCGACGACCCUUCGAAAUAGACUACUGCGGCGCUGGUCAAAUGGAAAGCGAUCAUUGGGUUCCGAAUCUUCCGAGGACGACAUUCAUAGAAGCUGGCACGAUAAGGCCACCCGAUGGAAGUAGCAAAAGAAAAGAAAACGCAGCCCAAAAAUAGAGAGGAGUCACAAGGGCGCACGGGAACAGCCAAACAGAGCGGCAAAGCUCUCCUAUCUGUGAUCCCUUGGCGUUAAUCCUAAGUACGGGAGGUGAAUAGGAAACCAAGCGGCCACGUUCUCCGAGCUGCAUCAGGCCCCCGUUAAUUACUUGGUGAUUGCUCAUGCGCCGAUAGGAGUUUACUGAGGAACACAGAACUAUUUGUGUUGACCGUGGCGUUCGGGGCAUAACCCCCGCUCAUGUUAAAAGCUCUUGUUGCGUAUUCCUAUUCAUAUCACACAGUAGUCCAUUAGCAUGAUUUUUGUAACCCCCAAAAGCCGUCCUUUUGGAGGAACCCGCGGAGGGAGGUGGAGGUGGCUGAGCGAAGCCGGUGUUUCGUUGGAAGAUCCUGCUCCGCACCAUAUAGUUAUAAUAGCUUAGCUAUACCUAGUCAUGACCUCCCUACAUUGAGAAGCGCCAAA